GAAAAAUUAUUCCGAUUUAAUUCACUGGGAAUGUAGAGGCCACAGAGCUGUCGUCCUCGGUUCAUCUCCCUCUCUCUCAGGAGCUUUCCCUCUCUCAGUGGCAAUGGGAGCUCAAAGCUCAGAAACCUCACACCCCAAUGAGGUAAUCCUCAACCUGACACCUCCGUCUUCCAAAACCAACUCCGGCUUCCCAUCACCACCGCCGCCGCCGCCGCCGCCAUCGACGACAAAAGUUCGGCCGGCACCCCCUCCUCCCGUUCCCAAACCCAAAUCCCGAUUCGUUGAGCUCAACUGCCCUCCCCGAGCAGGUGCUCCCAAGAGAUCUCACUCGCUCCCCGCCGCCGAUCCCUUGCCCUCCUCCGACUCCGAUUCCGACGACGACAAUCGCCCCUUCUCCGACAAAUUUCUCCCCGACAGCCACCUUCGACGCCGCCGCUGCAGAUUCGGCCUCCGCGCAGCCGCUGAAAGCCUAGCUCUCCUCCCACCCGCCGCCCUCCUCAUCUCCAUCCUCUUCUUCAAAUCCCUCCGCCAUAAAGUGUUCUGGGACAUCCAAAUCUGGCGAUGGUGCGUCGUCGUGAUUUCAAUCUUCUCCGGACGCCUAAUCUCCGGCUGGCUAGUCUGGAUCGCCGUAUUCCUCAUCGAGCGCCAUUUUCUCCUCCAGGAAAAGGUCCUCUACUUCGUCUAUGGCCUUCGCCGCGGAUGCGUCUGGCUCGGCCUCGUUCUUCUUGCUUGGUACCUCGUCCUCAACCCCGAUCGAUCCGAUCGAUCUUCUUCCGGCAUCGCGCUCCGCCGAAUCUCCCGCGGGCUCGUCACCGUGUUCGUCGCCUGCACGAUCUGGCUCCUCAAGAUCAUCUUCGUUAAGGUUCUCGCUUCCUCUUUUCAUGUGGCGACAUUCUUUGACAGGAUGAAGGAGAGCGUGUUCCACCAUUAUGUUCUAGAGGCGCUCUCCGGCGAUCCGAAAGAUCCAGAAGAGAAGGGGUUUGGUGGGGGGGAUGAGAAGCCUAGAAGGGCUGUUAGGGUGACGAAAUCGAUGGCGGGGAAGGUUGAUAUGGAGAGGCUGCGUCGGCUGAGCAGAGCAAAGGUGAGUGCGGCGAGCGUGCGGCGACUGGUAGGUGUUGUGAGAAGGACGGGGUUGACGACGGUAUCGAGGACGGUGGAUGAGCUUGUUAAGGCGGGGGAGUCGGAGAUCGGCGACGAGAUGGAGGCCAUGGCCGCCGCCCAGCAGAUCUUCAGGAACGUUGCCGGGCCAGCAAAAAAGUACAUAGAUGAGGAUGAUUUGAGGAGAUUUCUGACUGAGGAGGAGGUGCAGACCAUCUUUCCAUUGUUUGAAGGCGCCCUCGAUACUGGAAGGAUUAAGAAAUCUGCAUUCAGGAAUUGGGUGGUAAGAGCUUACAGGGAGAGGAAAUCGCUGGCUCACUCUUUAAACGACACGAAGACGGCGGUGCAGCAGCUGCACAAGCUUGCGAGUGCGGUUGUGAGUGUGAUAAUUGUUGUGGUAUCACUGCUGGUAAUGGGUGUGGCGACCACCAAAGUCUUUGUCGCCAUUACUUCUCAGCUCCUGCUGCUGGGGUUCUUCUUCCAGAACGCAGGGAAGACGUUGUUUGAAUCUAUCGUCUUUGUUUUUGUCAUGCAUCCGUUUGAUGUUGGCGAUCGCUGCGUCAUCGAUGGCGUCCAGAUGAUUGUUGAGGAAAUGAACAUCCUGACCACGGUCUUCCUUCGCUAUGAUAACGAGAAGAUUUAUUAUCCAAAUGCAGUUCUGCUCACAAAGCCCAUCAGUAAUUUCUACCGAAGCCCACAUAUGUGUGAUACGAUAGAAUUCCAAAUUGACGUUUCUACCCCCGUUGACUCUAUUACCUCUUUAAGAAAGUCAAUCCAGGCGUAUCUGGAAAGCAAGCCGAAGAACUGGGAUCCAAAGCACUCAGUUUUAGUGAAGGAGAUUGAGAACGUGAACAAGAUGAAGAUGGCCCUCAAUGUUCUGCACACAAUGAAUCACCAAAACUUCCCUGAAAGGAACAGCAGAAGAUCAGAGCUCAUCUUCGAGCUGAAGAAAAUCUUCGAAACACUAAACAUCAAAUACAAUCUGCUCCCCCAAGAAGUUCAUCUCACGCAGAUCCUCGGCGCCAACGCCAGAAUCCCCCCUCCUCCUCCUCCUCCUGCAGCCUCUCUUCUGUAACUAAUCACAGGCUGGUUUCUUUUUUUGUUUGAAGAUUUACUUGCCACUUAAUUCCUAUGUAUUUACAUAUCUAACACCUAAAUUUUAAUUUUUGCGCAUGGCACCAUCUUAGCUAUGCAUGAAAACAUGUAUUUCCCCCUUUAAAAGUUAACGCAGUGGUAUAUUUUUGGGGAUACCAAUGAUAUGUGUGGAAUAAUUGUAAAAAAAUAAACUUUAGGGGUUGGCUAUGUAAAUACAUGGGAAUUGGAUGUCAUGCAUGCAAAUGCCCCCUUUUUGUGUUUGCAGAAGGUGAAUUGAUGAAGAAUGAAGAGUGAUGAGAAGCAGGAGGAAAUGAUAUCAGAAUUUUUAUA